AUGGCUUUCCAAGCAGGUUCUAGAGGUGGUAGAGGCGGUUCCAGAGGCGGUUUCCGUGGUAGCUCCAGAGGUGCUCCUAGAGGCGGUGGUCGUGGUGGUGCCAGAGGUGGCUCCAGAGGCGGUUUUCGCGGUAGCUCGAGAGGAGGUCCAAGAGGUGGGUCUAGAGGCGCUCCCAGAGGUGGUUCCAGAGGUGGUUCCAGAGGUGGUAGGGGAGGUGCUAGGGGAGGUGCCAAAGUUGUCAUUGAACCACACAAACAUGCAGGUGUUUUCAUUGCUAGAGGUAAGGAAGAUUUAUUGGUAACCAAGAAUAUUGCACCAGGUGAAUCGGUUUAUGGAGAAAAGAGAAUUUCAGUCGAGGAGCCAUCAUCUGAAGACGGCGUGCCUCCAACUAAGGUUGAAUACCGUGUUUGGAAUCCAUUCAGAUCCAAGUUAGCUGCUGGUAUUAUGGGUGGUUUGGAUGAACUAUUUAUCACUCCAGGUAAGAAAGUGCUGUAUUUAGGUGCUGCUUCUGGUACUUCUGUUUCUCAUGUUGCUGAUGUCGUUGGGCCUGAAGGCUUGGUGUACGCAGUUGAGUUUUCCCACAGACCAGGUAGAGAAUUGAUCUCUAUGGCCAAAAAGAGACCUAACGUUAUUCCUAUCAUUGAAGAUGCCAGACACCCACAGAAAUACAGAAUGUUGAUCGGUAUGGUUGACGCUGUGUUUGCCGAUGUUGCCCAACCCGAUCAAGCUCGUAUCAUUGCCUUGAACUCACACAUGUUCUUGAAAGACCAAGGUGGUGUUGUCAUCUCCAUCAAGGCCAACUGUAUUGACUCCACGGUGGACGCAGAAACCGUUUUUGCCAGGGAAGUACAAAAGUUGAGAGACGAGAAAAUCAAGCCAUUGGAGCAAUUGACUUUAGAACCUUACGAAAGAGACCAUUGUAUUGUCAUUGGUAGAUAUAUGAGAAGUGGAUUGUAA